AGGGCAACAAAUUGCUUAGGAGCUUGGUUAUAAAAUGUGGUCUCGAAUCCCAAGUGUCCGUGUAACUCCUGAUUUUGCGGCCUCUCUUUCACCCGGUUUGAAGUGCAAGUUUCAGGUCCAAGCAGGAGCGGCUAGCGUCGUCUGGGCUUAAACUACGAUACAGUCUUUCUGCUCCCACCCAUUUCUCUCCAACCAGGCUCCCGCCCCUCGGGCCUUACUGUCGCCGGGUCGCCCCGCUAGAGUCGCUUGUUCUGAGAGCUGGAUGCACUUGCCCUCCAGUCCCCGCGAACUUCUGAGUAGCUGCUGAGCCCCGGUGCCUGCCGAGCCCUCAGCUUCCACAGCCUCCAGCAUGCGCGUGUGGGCCCCCGUGGGUGUCCUGGCUUCUCUGGCUUACUGCUUCCACCAGCGGAGGGUGGCUCUGGCCGAGCCGCGGGCGCCGGUGAACCGCAACUUACUGGAGCUGAAAAUGGUGCAGGUGGUGUUUCGACACGGGGCACGGAGUCCGCUCAAGCCGCUCCCGCUGGAGGAGCAGGUGGAGUGGAACCCCGAGCUUUUAGAGAUCCCUCCUCAAACUCUGUUUGAGUACACUGUCGCCAAUCUAGCCGGGGGCCCGAAACCUCAUUCUCAUUACGACACUGAAUACCACAGGACCGUCUUGAAUGGUGGCAUGUUUGCUGGGCAGCUGACCAAAGUGGGCAUGCAGCAGAUGUUUGCCCUUGGAAAGAGACUGAGGAAGAAUUACGUGGAAGAUAUCCCCUUCCUUUCGCCAAUCUACAACCCACAAGAGGUCUUCGUUCGCUCCACCAACAUGUUUCGGAAUCUGGAGUCUACUCGGUGCUUGCUGGCUGGGCUUUUCCAACGUCAGAAAGAAUCUGUCAUCAUCCAUACCGAUGAGGCAAUCUCUGAAGUCCUGUACCCCAACUAUCAGAGCUGCUGGAGCCUGAGAGAGAAGACCAGGGGCCGGAAGAAGGCUGCCAUUUCUCAGCCAGGCAUCUUGGAGGAUUUGGAAAAGGUGAAGGCUGGGGUGGGCAUCGCCGACAGUGACAACGUGGACUUCUUCAUUCUCCUGGACAACAUGGUUGCUGAAGAGGCACACAGCCUUCUAAGCUCCCCGGAACUGAAGAGAUUUGCCCAGCUGAUUGAGCAGAGAGCUGUGGACAUGGCCUUGUAUAUACUGCAACAGGAAGACAGGGAAAGUAUCCAGAUGGCCGUGGGCCCAUUCCUCUACAUCCUGGAGGGAAACCUGCUCAAAGCUGUGGACCCUUCCACCCCACCCAGCAAGACCAGGAAGAUGUACCUCUAUGCAACACACGAUGUAACCCUCCUGCCUAUGCUGUUGGCCUUGGGGAUUUUUGACAACAAGUGGCCCCCGUUUGCUGUUGACCUGACCAUGGAACUCUACCAGCACCAAAAAUCUAAGGAGUGGUUUGUGCGGCUCUCUUACAACGGGAAGGAGCAAGUACCAAGAGGCUGCCCUGACAAGCUCUGUCCACUGGACAAGUUCUUGAACGCCAUGUCAGCUUACUCUGUAAGCCCAGAAAAAUACCAAAGACUGUGCUCCCAAACAUGGAUAAUGGAACUUGAAGAGUGACUUCUUUACACAGACAAGUUGAUUUUUAAAUAAAGUGCCUUUAUAUAAAA